CACGAUUAUAAUUGCAGUAUAACUCAAUUAUCUUUCAGUUCGGGCCUACAUCAACACUAUAUUCAAACCUAUAUCUCACCGAGUCCACCCUAGUCACAGGUCCAAGCAGAAAGACCCAAACCCACCACCAUCAAUGCAUGACUCAAAUCUCACCACCCUCGAUGCAUUAGACAAUGGCGCAUCUUCACUCCAACCCCUCCUCCCCUACAUCAUCGCACUCAUCGUCCUCCUCCUCCCACUGACACCCUACCUCUGCUCCUCCCCCGAACCCCCACGCGGCUGUCGCCGCCUCGGCACCAAGAAGAGCAACAUCGCCGACGAAUACGACCCGCAAUACAGCGCAGGCACCCCCCGCGACGCCAUCGACCCCAAGACCGGUCUCCCCGCAUGGCGCAUCAAAGCGCUCUUCACCUACCCGAUCAAGAGCUGCACGGGGGUCGAGCUCGACAGCGCGGAGGUGAUCGACACCGGGCUGAAGUACGACCGGCUCUUCUGCUUUGCCGAGUACAUCGAGGCGAAGCAGCCUGCCACCACCACCACCACCACCACCACCACCUCAUCACACGACAACCAGAGCAAGGAAACCGGACACUGGACCGCGCGCACCCUCCGCGACCGGCACUUCUGCAACCUAGCCCUCGUGCGGCCCGAGAUCUGGGUCCCGGAUCCCACCUCCCCAACGUACUCCCCGUCCCUACCUGAGGUGCAGUCCCAGGGCGUGCUGGUCAUCCACUACCCGCGCACGCUGGGCCCCGGCCUCGCCCGCCUACCCCUCCUCCCCGCGCUUUUUAGAUUGGCUCUCACGCUGGGCCUGCUCCCCCGCGAGGAGUCCUUCCGCGUGCCCCUUGACCCCCACUCCGACCCCAAGCCUACAGAGGAAGGGGAAUACCGCCUCCGCCCCGUCAAAAUCUGGAAAGACACGCCACUCGCCCACGACUACGGACACCACCUACCCGCCUCUCUGCGCCGCUUCCUGGCCGAUCCAACCACCACGACGACCGACGCACAAAAACCACUCACCCUCUUCCGCGAGUCCGCCGCCCACCACCGCCCGAUCUUCCGGAACGCGCCCCCGAAACAGCAGCUGGGCUUCCAGACCGUCACCGGAUUUCAGGACGCGUACCCGCUGCACCUCCUCAAUCUGGCCAGCGUGCGCGAUGUGGCGGCGCGGUGUCAGACGGACAUUCCCCGGUUGACGGUGCGGCGGUUCCGCGCGAAUGUGGUCGUGCAGGGGCCCGGACGGUUUGAGGAGGAUGCGUGGCGGCGGGUUCGCGUCGGGGGGAGGGUUGGUUUUGAGGGGGAGGACACCGGUAAAGAGGACGAAGGGGUGGAGAUCCAUCUGGCGUGUCGGACGAUGCGGUGUCGGUUGCCGAAUGUCGAUCCGGAUACCGGGGUGCGCCAUCGCGCGGAGCCGGAUCGCACGCUGAAGGCGUAUCGACGGAUCGAUCGGGGGGAUCCCACGAAUGCGUGCUUGGGGAUGCAGUUGGUUCCGGCGGUUCGGAACUUCACGCUUCGCGUCAAUGAUCCCAUCACGGUCCUCGAGACGGGUGAGCAUUGCUAUAUCAAGAUGUUGGCGCCUGGGGAAGUGGUCGAAGGAGUCUGAUGGAAGGUUACAGUGGCUGGCGAAAGGCUAUAUUAGAAUAUGUAUAUCAUUGCAUUAAAUAAUCCCGUAGAAUUCAAAUUAUCGC